AUGGCUCUGGCAGUGCCGGACAGCGGCCUGACGCUGCACCGCGACUCUGCGUCCUCCCAGUUCCUCCGCCUCAACCUCCCCCAGUCGACCCUCGCAGACCUGCUCCAGGUGCUCAACGACCAGUCCCUGCCAGCUGCCGCUGCUCCUCGUCUGCGGCUGGGGAAACAUCCCUCGCUGCUCAUAAACUCCAAGUCGACGCCCUUCCACGCCUAUCCCCAGGCCUCUCGUUCGGAGAUAUACCAGCAGGGCGGCCAGAGCCCCGGCCAGGAUGCCGCCGGCGGAGACGGAGGCCUCUACUUCUCGGGCGUGCUCAGCCAUAGCCUGGAGGUGCAGAAGGCCAAAGAAGCUACCGCGGCCACGGAUGAGGCCCUCACAAACCUCGAGCGCAGUCUCAACGCCUUUGAGAAGGGCAAAGAGUCUCGCAGGACUCCCCUGAUUGCUACCAUCGACCAGAUGCGAGCGUUGGGGGCCGGAGACAGCAGGUCGGCCACGGGCAGAGAGGCAGCCAGUCUCGCCAGAAAGUCGACCAGCAGAGCAGACCAGGAGAAAGAGCGCUUCUUCAAGAACGCCAAUGCCUCCAGAUCGACUCCCGCAAGCCCGGCGCUGCUCCCUCUCUCGCCUCUGCCUCCUCCGCUGGCUGCGAACUCUGCUGCCACCGACAGAGAGAACCAGCGUCUCGAAGCCAUUCGGACUCCGCUCAUCCACCUGCUAGCUAUACGACCCGUCUCUGCCAAGUUUCUCGCUUCCCGAACCCGAUGCAACACCGCGGACGUGCUCGCCCUGACCAACAAGCUCUGCACGCCCAACAGGCUGGACGGGUCCAAGUUUGAUCUCAAGGACAAAGUCUACAAGGACCUCGAUGUCUGGUCCUUCCCUUACCCGUCGGACGAGGAGCGGACAGAGGCGGUCGAGAAUGCCAUCUCUGCCUUUGACCGGAUGCGGAUUUCCAAGACAGACCGGCUCUGGCAGACGUUGCUGCCCAAGCACGAGCGAGGCAAAGGAAAAGUUCUCUCUCGACUGAAUCUACGCACUCAGGCUCAGGCCCAGCAGCAGUCUAGACUACAGGUCCAGGAAGAAGGCGGAUACGGCACCGGAAACGAAUCCGAGGGUCCAGCAGGCGCAGAUCAGUCCAUUGCUACUCCAACUAUCCCUCACCAUGCAUCAUCCUCGUCGUCAACGGCCAAACCAGCGACAAAGAAGCGAGGAGGACUGGAAAAGGCACUCUCUUCCAAACGCGGUCCCAAACCAAAGUCUACGCCUGCCGCUACGCUUACGGGCAAAGUGACCAAGAAGACGGAGAAGAAGACGCCAGCGGCCGGUUCUGCAGCGUCCCUAAAAUCGAGAGAUGUCGACCGGUUCAAGUCCGCCGAGUUUGUCCUCGACUCGGACGAGGAGGAGGCAGCGGCCAGCAGUGUCACCACCAGCAAGCCUGUCCCUACAGCCACAGCUACCUCGACCGCCCAGCGCGGCCGGCCAGCGAAGACAAAGAAAGUGCCCGCCAGACGACAGCCCCCUACCGCUAUAUCCGCUACAACCACGACGACGACUACACGGCCGGCCAAUGUUACUUCACCGCUGAAGCCGUCUCCCCUGGGCUCAUCGCCGCCUACCAAUGCCUCCGACGUCGACGGUCCCAGCAGCGGCCGUCCAUCCAACAUUAAGUCUCGCUCGCACUCCAAUUCACACUCGUCCAGCUCCUCGUCGCCCUUGAUACACCAUCUACCACGAAAGAUUCCACCGGCGCAACCGGCGAAAUCACGACCAACACCCCCGUCCACGGCAACCUCCACCUCCACAUCAGCAUCCACCUCCGCAUUCCCAUCUGCAUCGACAGUAUCCGCCAAGCCUGGCGCGCUCAAACGAAAAACCCGCCCGGCUGAAGAUACCCGACAUCCUCCGCUAGCAUCCUCGACAACCUCCGCCGCCAUUGGACUGGGAAUCCAUGCAUCCGAACCUAAACGCCGCCGCCCAUCCUCCAUCUCCUCAACAACAACUUCUUCCCUCUCCCAGCCUGAAUCAAUGCACUCUGGCUCGGGCUCGGGCUCGGGCUCUGCAUCCCCCCCUAUCUCGCAGACAAUCCUCCGUGCCCGUCUACGCACCAAGUCUGCCCAAUUUAAACAGUACUACGCCAAAUACCGGCUUUUACACGAGGAGAUGAUGGCCCGCUCACGAAACGGAAUGGACUACGAUGUUGAUAUCGAGCAGAUUCGCAAGCUGGAGAGGCAGCACGCUCACUUGCAGAAGAUGAAGCAGGAGAUCUGGGACGAGGAUCGGAGGUUACGCAUGUCUUCGUAG